AUGUCUGAUAGAUCGGAUGCCACUAUUGUGCUGGACCUCGCAUGGAGACAGAUUGAUAAAAAGAACGAAGGAUUUGUGAAUUCUCUUUUGAAUGCCAAAAUAUUGAAUUCAUCAGGUCGUACCAUUGUCAAAGAUUUUAGUAAGACAGAACCACAUCAUAAGAUUAAUAAAUCUGCUUUCAAAUCAUUAUUUAAUUCAUUAUUGGGGACUUCUUUUAAUAAUGCACUAGAAGCUAUAACUUAUGAUAAAACUUUAUUGGAAUUAGAAAAAGGUGAUGUUUCAAUAUUACCAGAUAUUCCUGUAUUAACUUCAACUCCUGUUAAAAAAGAACCAGAGGACAAAUUCAAGCCAAAUUUCAAGACUGAAUAUUCAAAAUUGAAAAAAUUACAUGAUAAUAGUGAAGAUGAAAUUAAAUUUAGAGAUGAAUAUAUUGAAAAAUUAGAAAAAAGGGAAAUUGAAUCAGAAGAUUCCACAGUGAAAUUAAGAUCUCUUGUGAAGAAGAUCUCAAAUUUAGAAAAUGAAAUUACUUAUAGAGAUGAAUUAAUUAUUAAAUUCCAAAAUGAAUUAAUUAAUGAACAAGAAAAGCAUAAAAAAUCUCAAAAUGUUAUAAAACUUAUGGAGAAUGAAAUUAAAGAACUUCGAAACUCUUCAAAAUCGAGUGAUCCUUCUUCCUCCUCAUCAUCAUCAUCAUCAUCAUCAUCAAAUUCCAAAAUAUUUAUUAAUGCCCUACAAGAACGAAUUUCUAAACAACAAAUUGCUAUAAAUCAUCUAAAAUCAACACUUCAAUCUAAAUCAGAAAUCAUUACAAAAACACCAAUAAUAUUUUCCACUCCGAACAAUACCUCCAAACCAGAACAAAUGGAAGGAUUAUCCAAAAUAUGGAGAUUGGUAUCAUACUUAUUAAUCAUAUGGUUAACUAUAUAUACAUUCAUCAACCUAUACUUCACAGGAGAUCCAUGGUAUAAAGAUUCAUUUUUAGAAAAAUAUUUAGAACCAAUUAUAUUAGAAUCUCAAGUAUUAAAUUGGGAUAAUUUAUUAAAUAUAAAACCUAAUUUAAAUGAUGAAGAUUUAAAAAUAAUGGAAAUUUUUGAAAUAUUAUAA